UACCUGGCAGCCGCUUACUAUGGAAAAGGCAAGGUUGUUGUAGCAACCCAUGAGCAUCAGAUAAACCAACCCAGUCAAAAACAGCUGGUCCUCAACCUCAUUUCCUGGCUGGAUGCUGGAAGAAGUGGAAAAAUUGGAAUACAAUGGAGCUUGAGAGAAAUGAAGGGGUUCCUUGAGGGAGGUUUUGAAAUUCAGCAGUCUGAGUUUAACAAGUCAUUCAGUGUUUAUUGCUGCACAUCCUACACCGAUAAAGAUGCCGAGGACAUGCUGGAGUUUGUUGCAGAAGGAGGAGGACUUCUUAUUGCCGGGCAAGCUUGGUACUGGGCUUCUGUAAAUCCUGGAAAAGAUGUUCUUAUAGAUUACCCUGGAAACAAAAUUAUUAACCAGUUUGGGAUCAGUAUUUUGGGUGCUGUAGCUUAUCCAGGUCGUCUUAUUAUUUUAAAUACUGAAGCUCAGUCAAAGGGCUAUCAAAGCCGCAAGGCUCUUCACAAGUUAAAGAUGUUGAUGGACACCAGCCGGGAGGUUGAGGAACCUUUGGCAUCUUGGAUGAGGAAACUGUCGGAAGACUGUGCAACACUAUUGGCAGUGAGAGAUCAAGACCAACAGGCUUUUUAUCAAUAUAAAGGAGCCCUUAUCAAUACACUACUAAAAUAUGGACUGCCACAAGUAGGUCUAGAUCUGCCUGUUAAAGGUGGGGGCAAAGAAGCCUUUUUAUUGCGUAUUGCUGCUGGGCUUCACAAUACAUUGCCAAACUUUGAAAAUAUAGUAACAAAACUUAUUUCAGGGACAAGUCUUCCUGGGGGCCCUACCCAGAGUCUUCAGAUCAACUGCACAAGUAAAGAUACAUUUGUUCCAGCAAACAUGGCAUUGCAGAGUACAGGACUGUAUCUUCCACCUGGAAGGACAUCCACAUUGAUUUUCCCAGAAUCUGCUAUCAAUAUCGGCUUACAGGUCCAAAUUGGAUGUCAUACAGAUAAUCUCAGCCGCCAUCCUGAAAUCAGGCGUGCCCCGGUGGUGGUGCAGAAGUAUACUGUGGACAAAGUCCUAUUACCGGUCUCCACAGUGUUCGGUGGCCUUAUCUACAUCCUUGUUCCUGGAAGAUGCAAUCUUGGGAAAAUACAAAUCUCCAUCAAUGAUGCUGUGCUGGCUCCGCACUUCAAACAUGGUGAAACUAGUGACACCUUAUGGGUUGAAUCCAUUUCUAUCUAUCCAUCCCCUUGGGCUGAGCUUGAAUCAAAGAAUAUUAUCUUAACUAUCCCAUCAAAUUCAGUUCGUAACUUGGAAAGGCCUAGCGAAAUUCUUGCCAUUUGGGACCAGAUCAUGGAAGCAGUUUUGAAACUCUCCACCUUACCACCCGUACUUGAUAGAAAGGAAAGGGUUGUAGCAGACACCCAAAUAUCACAAGGUUGGAUGCAUUCCGGUUAUCCCAUCAUGUGUCAUUUGAAAUCUGUUGAGGCCCUGUUGUCCAUUGAGAACAUAAGACCAGAUAUGUGGGGUGCUAUUCAUGAACUCGGACACAACUGGGAGAUAAGGGAAUGUACAAUUCCUCCUCACACUAAUGAAGCCUUCUGCAACCUGUGGUCUGUCUAUGUGUUUGAAAAUGUUUUGGGAAUUCCAAGAGAGAAGGCUCAUGGUGAUCUCCAACCACACGUAAGAGAGGAAAGGAUAAGGAAAUAUUUAGAAGAUGGAGCUCUGCUGGACAAUUGGAAUACAUGGGUCUGUUUAGAAACUUAUCUACAGCUUCAAGAAGGUUUUGGUUGGCAGCCAUACAUCAAGCUUUUCUCAGACUAUAGAUACAUCAAAAACAUCAAGAAUGACAAGACAUUCAAGAUGAGCCUUUGGGCCGAAUUAUUCUCACAACAAGUGCAAAAGAAUUUGGUUCCAUUCUUUAAAGCUUGGGGUUGGACCAUGGAAAAGGACCUCAGUGAUAGACUUUCUUCCUUGCCUGAAUGGCAGGAAAACCCAAUGAACAAAUUUACUCUGUAA